AUGGCUUUCUCCACCAGGGUUGCCGGCCGCGCACCAGCUAUGCUCCGACAUGGGCGUCGACUGCCCGCCACCCUGCCUCGACAGCUGAACACCCUCGCUGCUCCGGCCUACUCGAGAUUUCUGUGCCAGAAUACGAGCUCCGAAUGGCAAAAGAGGAACUUUUCUACCUCGCGAAUCGCCUGUAACCUUUCUGCCGCCGCCGCCCAGGAAGCCCCCAACCCCAAGGCCUACCUCGAUAGCGGCGUGAUCAAGCUGAGAGAUAUUGUCGAUGUCAAAAAGGUUCUGGUCAUCGGAAGUGGCGGUUUAGCCAUUGGACAGGCUGGAGAGUUCGAUUAUUCAGGAUCGCAAGCUCUGAAGGCUCUCAAGGAGGCUGGUGUGGCCUCGGUGCUCAUCAACCCCAACAUUGCUACUAUACAAACCGCCCACGUUCUCGCCGAUGAGGUGUACUACCUCCCUGUCACCGCCGAAUAUGUGUCCUACGUUAUCGAGAGGGAACGACCUGACGGAAUCUUUCUAUCCUUUGGUGGGCAAACCGCGCUGAAUUUGGGUGUGCAGAUGCAGCGAAUGGGCUUGUUUGAGCGUUAUGGCGUCAAGGUGCUCGGUACCAGUGUCCACACGCUGGAGCUCAGCGAAGACAGAGACCUCUUCUCCAAGGCCUUGAACGAGAUCAAUAUCCCCAUCGCCCAGUCCAUCGCUGUCGGAACGGUCGAGGAUGCCUUGGACGCCGCGCAAAAGGUCGGCUACCCGAUCAUCGUUCGCGCGGCUUAUGCUCUUGGUGGCCUGGGAUCCGGUUUCGCCAACAACGAGGAGGAGCUUCGAAACAUGGCUGCUCGAUCUCUUACCCUCUCCCCGCAAAUUCUGGUCGAGAAAUCGCUGAAGGGCUGGAAGGAGGUUGAGUACGAAGUCGUCCGUGAUGCCAAUAACAACUGCAUCACGGUUUGCAACAUGGAGAACUUCGACCCCCUGGGCACGCAUACCGGUGAUUCGAUUGUUGUCGCUCCCAGUCAAACCCUGAGCGACGAGGAAUAUCACAUGCUUCGUUCCGCUGCUAUCAAGAUCGUUCGCCAUCUUGGCGUUGUCGGCGAGUGCAACGUCCAGUACGCUCUUCAACCGGAUGGCCUCGACUACCGAGUGAUCGAAGUCAACGCCCGUCUUUCUCGAUCGUCCGCUUUGGCUUCUAAGGCUACUGGGUACCCCUUGGCUUACACUGCGGCCAAGAUUGGACUGGGCCACAGCUUGCCCGAGUUGCCGAAUGCCGUCACAAAGACCACAACCGCCAACUUUGAGCCGUCGCUGGACUACAUCGUGACCAAGAUCCCUCGAUGGGACUUGGCCAAGUUCCAGCAUGUCAAGCGCGACAUCGGCAGUGCGAUGAAGUCGGUCGGUGAGGUUAUGGCUAUCGGACGUACAUUCGAAGAGUCAUUCCAGAAGGCCAUCCGGCAGGUCGAUCCCAAAUUCCUUGGCUUCCAGGGUGACAAGUUCGAGGACCUCGACUUCGAACUGGCAAACCCUACGGACCGACGAUGGCUCGCUGUAGGUCAAGCCAUGCUUCACGAAGGUUACACGGUCGACCGCGUGCACGAACUCAGCAAGAUUGACAAGUGGUUCUUGUAUAAGCUUGAGAACUUGGUUAAGUGCACCCGAGAAAUGGAGGCGGCCGGAAGCUUGGGGAACCUCAAGCGGGAUCUCGUGCUGAAGGCCAAGAAGAUGGGUUUCUGUGACAAGCAAAUCGCCAAUGCCGUCAACAGCACCGAAGAUGCGGUGCGUGCCCACCGACUGGGCAUGGGCAUUCGUCCCUGGGUCAAGAAGAUUGACACUCUUGCUGCGGAAUUCCCGGCUGACACGAACUACCUGUACACCACAUACAACGCGAGCACUCACGAUGUCACAUUCGAAGACAAGGGCACUGUGAUCCUUGGCAGCGGCGUCUACCGGAUUGGAAGCUCCGUUGAAUUCGAUUGGUGUGCCGUCAGCGCUACCCUGGCCCUUCGAAAGAUGGGCGAGAAGACCGUCAUGAUCAACUACAACCCCGAGACCUACUCCACAGAUUUCGACACGGCCGAUAAGCUAUACUUCGAAGAGUUGAGCUACGAGAGGGUCAUGGAUAUCUACGAGCUUGAGAACGCAUCCGGUGUCGUCGUUUCCGUUGGCGGUCAGCUGCCUCAAAACAUCGCCCUGCGCCUGCAGGAGACUGGCAAGGCAAACGUUCUGGGCACAGAUCCCAAGGAUAUCGACAAGGCCGAAGAUCGUCAAAAGUUCUCGGAAAUUCUUGACAGCAUCGGCGUCGACCAGCCUGCUUGGAAGGAGCUUACAUCGGUUGCCGAUGCCGAAAAGUUCGCCGAGCAAGUCAGUUACCCCGUCCUCGUCCGGCCCAGUUACGUCCUUUCUGGUGCUGCUAUGACGGUCAUCCGCAGCCAGGAGGACCUCAAGGAUAAGCUCGAGGCGGCCAGCAACGUCUCGCCUGACCACCCCGUCGUCAUUACCAAGUUCAUCGAGGGUGCUGAGGAAAUUGACGUCGAUGGUGUUGCUUCCAAGGGUGAGCUGAUUGUCCAUGCUAUCAGCGAGCACGUUGAGCACGCUGGUGUCCAUUCUGGUGAUGCGACGCUCGUCCUGCCUCCCGUCAACCAGGAUGAAAGGACGAUGGAGCGUCUCAAGGAGAUCGCCCGCAAGGUCGCCAAAGCGUGGAACAUCACCGGUCCCUUCAACAUGCAGAUUAUCAAGGCGGAGAACCCCGAGGGUGGCGAGCCUGCUCUGAAGGUCAUCGAAUGCAACCUGCGUGCAUCCCGAUCUUUCCCCUUCGUCAGCAAGGUUCUCGGCACGAACUUCAUCGAUGUUGCUACCAAGGCACUUGUUGGCAAGGACGUCCCCGAGCCGACUGAUCUGAUGGCUGUGAAGCGAGAUUACCUUGCCACCAAGGUUCCGCAAUUCUCCUGGACCCGUCUCGCUGGUGCCGAUCCCUUCCUGGGUGUCGAGAUGUCCAGCACCGGUGAAAUGGCCUGCUUCGGCAAGGACUUGGUUGAGGCAUACUGGACUUCGAUGCAAUCCGCCAUGAACUUCCGCGUUCCCGAGCCCGGUGAGGGUGUCCUCUUUGGUGGCGAGCUUUCCAAGCCGUGGCUCACCAAGAUCGCGGAUUACCUCUCCCCUCUCGGCUACAAAUUCUUCGCUGCCGAUCAGGAGGUCAAGAAAUUCCUCGAGUCAAGCACUAAGGACAAGGUCAAGGUGGAGGUCAUCGAGUUUCCCAAGGAAGACAAGCGUGCUCUCCGCGAGGUGUUCCAGAAGUACGACAUCCGCGGCGUGUUCAACCUGGCUCUUACCCGUGGAAAGACGACUCUGGAUGUUGACUAUGUGAUGCGACGCAAUGCGGUCGAUUUCGGUGUGCCGUUGUUUAUGGAGCCUCAGACUGCCAUGCUCUUCGCACAAUGCCUGAGCGAGAAGCUGCCACGACCCGAGGGUAUCCCGUCGGAAGUCCGCCGCUGGUCCGAGUUCAUCGGUGGCAAGCCCUUGUAG